CCCAAGAUGGCGUUACACCUGUCUCUCCGAUGUUGAUCCCUGCUGUUUCCUGCGCAGCGUAAGAAAACAAACCUUCGGGAAUAUACUUUUUGUAAACUGACGACAUAAUUUAACUACUGGAGUGAACUCGUUCACUGAAAAUGUCCACGGAGGAGCUGUCAGCCUCGGAUAGCGAAGCUGUGUUGGCCGGCGCAGGGGAGCGAUGGGCACCGGUCGGCGCUGUGGCCAGUCCCGAGGAUGAGAGCGGGAGCACCGGCCAGCCAACGCAGAGAGGCUCGUCGUUGGCCAGCCGGGAGGAAAUGGCGGCCAGAAUGGAGAAGCUGGAAGAGGAGCAGGACUUGUUGAACUCUUCUCUCCUCGCUCUCACCUCUCAUUUCGCUCAGGUUCAGUUCCGACUGAAGCAGAUAGUUCACGCCCAGAGCGACGAGAAGGAGAGGAUGCUGGCGGAGCUGGAGGAGUUCGCCUUCAGGGGCUGCCCUCAUGUUGUAGGCUGUAGAGCUCAGGAUGCCAAACAGCUGGAGAACUCGGGAGAUCUGAGCGAGAGGGAGAAGCGUGAGCGCCUGGAGGCUCAGAGAGAAAAACAGAAGGAUCUCAUUUUCCAGCUGAAGACACAGCUGGAUGAUCUGGAGCGCUUCGCCUAUCAGGAGGGCAGCUACGACUCGCUGCCGCAGUCUGUCGUCAUGGAGAGGCAGAAGGUUAUUAUUGACGAGUUGAUCAAAAAGCUUGAUGUUAACCUGAAUGAAGACAUUGGGAACCUGUCGCCCGAGGAGCUGAGACAGAGAGUGGACGCUGCCAUCGCUCAGAUAGUGAACCCAGCCCGUGUUAAAGAGCAGCUGGUGGAUCAGCUCAAAACCCAGAUCAGAGACCUGGAAAUGUUCAUCAACUUCAUCCAGGACGAGGUAGGGAACCCUCUCCUGUCAGAUGGUGGACACAGCCAGCAGCCACAAGCACCAGGGAACAACUCCAGAGCUCAAGGAGUGAAGAAGAAAGUCGAUCCUGAGCAGGCCCAGAAGAUGCGAGAAACCGGCUUACAGCUGAUCCAGAAAGCCCUCGCUGUGCUACAGAUCUUUGCAGCGAGCCAAUUCGGUUGUGGACCCGGUCACGUUCCUCAGAGCAUGUGGCCUCAGGAGUCUUCGGGCCAAGACUACGGCCCCCUGCUGCAGCGUCUGGAGGCCGCCGUAGAUAAGGUGAGAGUCCUGGGCUCCUGCAGACAGCCCGCCCUCGAACACGUCGUCAACUACACCAGCAACACAUCACUGGGACCCCGAGAUGAGCUCACCACUGCUGUGAGAAAAGAGCUCUCGAUUGCUCUCAAAGACUUGCUGGCACACGGGCUCUUCUCGCCCUCACAGACCAUGAGCCUGGUGCUGGCCCCCAUCUCCUGUCUGCUGCCUUACAGACCCGCCACGCAGAACAUGCACCCAUGGGAACUCUUUGUUAAAUUCUACCACUCCAAAAAUGGGAAAGCCUUUGUUGAGUCACCAGCUCGGCAGCUCUCGCAGUCCUUCAGUUUACCUGUAGGGGGCGGCCCAGUGACCAUCACCCCGAAACAGUCUCUGCUGUGGGCGAUCCACACAGUCCUGAAGGAGCACGGACGCUACAAACGUGGACCGGACACAGAGUUCAAAGCGCUGGUGUGCAUGGCGCUGAAUGAGCAGCGUUUGGUGUCGUGGCUCAACCUGCUGUGUAAAUCUGGGACUCUGAUCCAUCCGCACUAUCAGUCUUGGAGCUACAUGGCUCAGACCGGCUUUGAAGGAGCCCUGAGGAUCCUGGGACGCAUCAGCCACCUUAAAUUCAACCUCCCCGUUGAUUUGGCUGUGCGGCAGCUGAAGAACAUCAAAGACGCUUUCUGAAGAGAAUCAUAAAUCAGCUAAACACCAACAGCAUGACUUUGUGCUUCAAGUAAUUAACCUUUAAAGGUCUUUAAGUAGCGCCCAUCUGACGUGACGUGUAUGAUGUCUACAGUACAUGCAUGGGUGAUUCUGUUCUCUAUGUUUAUGAUGCCAAAAUGUCAACAUGACAAUGCUACUCGUACUGUAAACAUGCCUUAGAGUGGAGUUUGAGAUUACCUCGUCUUUAGCGAAGCUUUCCUGACCUUUGUGACCUGUGCACAGUAUCAUCCCACCUGUGAACAUGACCGCGCUCUCAGCUCUGCAGCAGAGAGUCUGUACAGUAAUCAGUACUGUAACGUUGUAGCCACACAGAAAAUCCAAUUAGAGAAGAGGAGAAACAGUCUCCCUACUGUGGCUGCAACACAGUAGCAAAGAGGCUGCUAUAAAUCGGAUCACGUGUAGCAGAUCGGUUGAUUGUAGAGCCCAAAAGCAGCACUCAGGUCACAAUGAAAUAAGAAAUGUACAUUUUCAUCAGGGCUGGGCGAUGAUGAGCACUGGAGACAUGAUUGUGCAAAGAAUCAUGUUGAUGAACGCUGGACAUUACCACUCAAGAUAAACACAUCUAGCAGCCUGUUACACAGUGAGAAUAAUAACCACAGCAGCUUUCUUCUUUCCAGUUUAUUUAUUUGAAGUACAUUUAUUUAAUCAGAUAGAACCUCAGUGAGGUAAGAAUCUCACUUACAAGAGUGUCCUGUACAAGAUAGGUAGCUGCACAUUUAACAGAACAACAGACAUCAAGCAUUAAACAUAAAACUCCAAACACAGAUCAGCCAACUCCAGAGUCACAGAGAAGAAAGUCAUUAGUGAAAACAUCUACAGCCAGAUGCAGCCUUCUCUAACACCUUUAAAUCAAUUAAAGAGACCAGCUCUCUCAGGUAUAAAUAAAUUUACUUGCCUUAGAAAACAUCCUGCAAUAGUAAUACAUUUUUCCACAACAUGACUAUAUUCACCACUAGUAGAAUAAAGUGUCACAGAAUAGAUUUUCCUGCAGUAGAAUUAAAUUUUCCUGCAGUAUUAAUACAUUUUCCUGCUGUAGAAUUAAAUUUCCCUGCAGUAUUAAAACAUAUUCUUGCUGUAGAAUCAAAUUUCCCCGCAGUAUUAAAACAUAUUCUUGCAAAAUAAAUACAUUUUCCUUCAGUACAAUAUAUUUGAGAGCAAUAGAAAUAAAUUUCCUUUCAUGCAGUAGAAAUACAUUUUCCUGCAGCACAGUACAAUUUUCUGCUGUAGAAAUACAUUUUCCUGCAGUAGAAAUGUGUUUUACUGUAGCACAGUACCUUUUCCUGCAGUAGAAAUACAUUUUCCUUCAGUAGAAAUACAUUUUGCUUCAGUAGAAAUGCAUUUUCAUACAGUAGAAAUACAUUUUCCUGCAGUGGAAAUACAUGUUUCUGCAAUAGAAUUACAUUUUCCUGCAGUAGAUGAGCAUUUCCUACAGUAGAAAUAUAUUUUCCUGCGGUAGAAAUGCAUUUUCAUACAGUAGAAAUGCAUUUUCCUGCAGUGGAAAUACAUGUUUCUGCCAUAGAAUUACAUUUUCUUGCAGUAGAAAUACAUUUCCUGCAGCACAAUACCUUUUCCAGCUUUUGAAAUAAUAAUAGAGUACAAAUACAUUUUCUUACAGUUGAAACACAUUUCCUGCUGUAAAAUACAUUUUCUUUCUGGAGAAAUACAUUUUCCUGCAGUUGAAAUACAUUUUUUUUCAGUAGAAAUACAUCUCCUGCUCAAGAAAUAUGGUUUUCAACAGAAUAUAUACAUUUUCCUGCAGUAGAAUACAUUUUCCUGUUGUAGAUUUGAUUGGCAGAUCUUCCUAUUUUAAACCAUAUUUUAGUUCAAUAAUUAUGCAUUUAUAGAAGUAUGUAGUAUUUUUACUGAUUUUAAUCUCUGUGUCCUUUUGUUUUGGUGCAAGUGGAAGCCUUAACUUAAAACUGUGCUGGCAUCAGUACUGGUAGCUCAGCUUGCAGUCCCUCCAGACAUCAUGUCCCCUAAACACGGACUUGUCUUUUAACAUAAAAGGAUUAUUCAGCAGUUUUGCUGCUUUUUAAAAAUGAUUUUCUUUAAAAGAUAUUUAAGUUCAGCUCUUAAUGUAGCCCAAAAAGGAGUUAACUUUAUCACAUGUAAACAAACACAAGUGAAAUCAAACUCUUUGGUCUCUCCAGGCUACAGCAGCCCUGCUAGGCCCCACAGUCAUCACGCUGUUCCCUUCUGCCAGUUCCACGUUGCCUGUGUCUUUUCCCCCGUUUUUUCUUUGUUCCCGUCUACAGUAGUGAAACUGGGCCAGAACAAAGCUGCCCUACCACGCUGCCAUGAUUAACACUUUUUAGGAGCAGUAUCACUGGAGCUGCAUUACACUAGCAAUACAAUCUAUACACACCAAGUCAGUAUCAAGAUACUCCUAUAACCAGCAGUUGUGUCAAAAUAUAUUCAUAAGAAUUGUAUUGUUAUAUAUGCAUCUUUAUUUUGCCAUAUCGCCCAGCCCAAAUGCGCCAGGCAAACAUGAAUCUCAAGUGUAGUUCAUUAUGCAGCUGCUACAUGCUCCAAACUCCCUUUUAAACCUCUGAAGCUGUUAUUUUGCACAUUGUUUCAGGUGUGUGAUCAUUUUAGACCCUGUAUGAACUGCUGCUUCUCUCCUACUCCAGGUCUCGUUCCAACUGAAAUUAUAUUGUUAAGAGUUGAUUUCAUGAUGUUCUAGCUUGUUUUAUCUUCCUGAUACAGCUAAGUUGCACGAACCGUAACCUUAAAAACUGAAUGUACAAAACUGUUAAAGUGAGGUCAUUUCAUAUCUGCUGUAUGUUUGUGGACCCUCAUGUUUGUAUCAAACCUCUGAGUGGAGAGCUGAUUCCAUAAUACGCACUUUGAAGAGUGCAUCUUCAAACACAUUUCCAUGUUAAAGCUUUAUUUUAUGUUACAGUGUAGAAGGAUUCUUUGUGUUCAGUUUAGCUGUGUAGUUUAAACAUAAUGCCAUGUUUUGGUCCCUGUUUCCCAUUUUUUCUUGGCUUCUUUGUUGUGAUUCAUGUAAAGUUAUGUUAAUUUAUUUGAUUCAUGUUUUAGCUGAUGAAGUCAGGACAUAUAACACUAUGUUAAGUAGCUGGGAACAAUAGAUACACUGAACUGUUUAAGUACCAUAGUUAUAUUUAUGUUGUUUUAUUUAAUUUACCAAAUCACAUGUAAUAUAUUGGAAAUGUGUUUGUUUUAUUAUGUUUAAUGCAAAUCAACUGCUGUAAACAUAUUAAACAGUAA